AUGAAGGCCUUUUUCGCAAUCAUCCUGUUGUUCGUCUCUCUCAGCAUGGCUCUUGAAAGAGCCACCAUGCAAUUACCAACAUGCAACGCGACCACUGUUUGUAUACCUGAGUGUAGUCCCAAUGUAAGUAGAGUCACAAUGCUGUUUAGAAUAUCGCACGUUAACAGUGUAUUGCAGCCAGUUAAGAAAUCAGGAUGCAACCCUGAACGCUGUAUUUGUGAUGUUCCCGGGGCGCCUGAUGAUUUCCCAGAGGGAUUGGAUGGCGGGUUCCCAGAAUAA